CUUCCUUACCCAUAUCUCUAGUUCCUCUCAGUCUCCUCUUUGAUCUCCCAUGGCUCUCAUGCUAGACAGCUGUGAGGGAGUAUUGCUUUCUCUAGACUCCCACAAAUCAGUUCCGGCACCGUUCCUGACCAAAACCUACCAACUGGUCGACGAUCCCACCACCGACCACAUCGUUUCUUGGGGCGAAGACGACACCACUUUUGUAGUCUGGAGACCACCGGAGUUUGCUCGUGAUCUCCUCCCCAACUACUUCAAGCACAACAACUUCUCCAGUUUUGUCCGACAACUCAACACCUAUGGUUUUAGGAAGAUUGUACCUGACAGAUGGGAAUUUGCAAACGAGUUCUUCAAGAAGGGGGAGAAGCAUUUGCUUUGUGAGAUCCAUAGAAGGAAAACUGCACAGCAACAGGUCGCCAUAAACCACCACCACCACCAUCCACAGUAUCCACAUACUCCACUCGUUAAUGUCCCGAGUUUCUUCCCGUUUCCAAGCCGAGUCAGUAUCUCCCCAGCGGACUCGGACGAACAAGCAACCUGGUGUGACUCCCCCCCACUCUCCUCCCCAAACUCAGGAGUCUCAGUCAUUGGCGGAGUCACCGGCUGCACCGCCUCAGUCACGGCGUUAUCGGAAGACAAUGAGAGGCUGAGGAGAAGCAACAACAUCCUCAUGUCCGAGCUUGUACACAUGAGAAAGCUAUACAAUGAUAUUAUCUACUUUGUGCAAAACCACGUUAAGCCUGUACCACCCAGCAACUCAUCCUACCCUUCUUCUUUGCUUCUUUGCAACACUCCCUCAACCACCACUCUAGUUAAUACCAACACUCCAUUGAUGCAAAAGCCCUUGAACCAACUUUUUGGGUGUUACGGCCCUAAGCAAGGUCCUCAAAUUCAGGUUUUGAAUUCUCCCACCAAUACAUCACAGAGCUCCAUCACAAUUGUGGAAGAACCCACAACCAAAACCAAGCUCUUUGGCUUUCCUUUACAAUCAAAGAAGAGAUUGCACCCUGAGUACGCUUCUGGUCCUGGAAACAUGGAGACUAACAAGACCCGCUUAGUUUUGGAAAAGGAUGAUCUAGGGUUGAAUCUCAUGCCUCCUUCCACAUGUUAGUUUUCUCACGAUCUAUCCAGUCUUAGCUUCUUCUCUUUUUCAUAUUUUGUUUGAUUCUCUUGUUAUUUCUUAGAGUCUGAUGAAAAAAGUAUGUGUGAGUUUUUUAUUAAUUAAUUUUUUUUUUCUGGCCGUAAAGUAUGUGAGAGUUGAUGUACAUAAUUUUAGCUAGUAUUAGCCCUGCUACCGGAGCCGGUAUUAUUAUGUUGUACCCAUGAAUGAAAGUGGGUUUUGGGUUAGACCAAAGAUCGGACCAAGUUUUUUCAA